GGUGGGGGACAGGCGUCAUUCCCUGGAACCAGUGGACUUCCUCUCUGCUUGUCUGGGUCACCCUGUCUGCCCGUCGCUGGCCCCAGGCUCGCUCUCUGGCCCCGGCCCUCUUCUCUCUCUCUCCCUCAGCAGCUGUCUCUCUCGUGCCCGCUGGCCUGUCUCUCUUUUUCCCCGCAGUCGCCUCCUUCUCUGCCUGCCUGGGUGGCCGCCAUGGGCCGGAAGCGGCUCAUCACUGACUCCUACCCUGCAGUGAAGAGGAGGGAGGGCCCCGCUGGGCACAGCAAGGGGGAGCUGGCACCAGAGCUAGGGGAAGAGCCCCAGCCCCUGAGCGUGGAUGAAGCAGAGCUGGAGCUGCUGAGGCAGUUUGAUCUCGCCUGGCAGUAUGGGCCCUGCACAGGGAUCACACGGCUGCAGCGCUGGUAUCGGGCGGAACAGAUGGGCUUGGAGCCUCCCCCAGAAGUGCGUCAGGUGCUACAGACCCACCCUGGAGAUCCCCGCUUCCAGUGCAGCCUCUGGCAUCUCUAUCCCCUUUGAGGCACCACCUAAGACCUCCUGCCCGCUAUCCCAGAACCUCAAGACCCAAGUGAGAGCCGGUUGCUGCCCCCUUGGCUCAGUUCUGCUGUGAAGAACUUUUGGCAGGAAAAGAGCCUCAUAGAGAGAGAAAAGAGGCUGAAUCUGGAGGUCUCCGAGGCUCAGCCCUCCAUCUAACCAGCAGGCUUCUGGAGCCCCUCUGAGAGCCAACACAGCUGAAGCUUGCACUUCCUACGUGGAGAAUGGUCUCUGAGGACAAGGACCUGCCCAUGACCUUUCAGAUGCCUGCUACACGCCUCCCUGACCACAAAUACUGUGGUCCUGGGAAUAGUGUGGCAAAUAGGCACAGCCUUGACAUAGUCAGACUCAGGCAGAUAUCUACGAGGCAAAGAUGCACUCCCCACUUAAGGCUGGGAAUCUGAAGGCAAAACUGGCAAGAGGUUCACUAAUGCUUAUCAAUAAAGAACACUGAGUCUGGAAGCCUGACCUCCAGUCCCUUAAUAUGGCCCUGCGUGGGCUGGCAGCAACCAGCAAGUUGAUAGGUGGGAGAGAACCAGCACUAUGCCUUCCCUCUGCUGCCCAACCCUAGACCUGGGACUAGACACUUUAACAGACCGUGGGACAAGUCCUCAUUAGAGCUGAUCAGUCUCUGGCGCCCCCUGGUGGUGUACAGGGAAACUACUCUUUAGCCACCUUCAGAGACGAGCCAGAGAAAACUUAACCUGGCCUGCCACCUAGCCUGCCCAGUGUGGCCCACCUCACAAAAAUGGGUCUGUCGGAGGAGGAUCCAUAGGGCCCACGGCCCAUAAAGUCCAGACCUACACAUUCCCGGCAAGCACCUCUGCUUCCCACAUGGAGGCCACCUGGAUCCAAAGCAGGGUUGAGGAGGCUUUCAACCUGCAGGUCCGGCUCAGGGAUGGCCAUCGUCUGAUGGGCUUUGGUGGGGAACUGGGUGGAGCAGAAACAAUGCUUAGGGGACCCUGGGAUGGUAUGACAUGGAGAAUGGGGUCAGUGUUCCUCGCACUCUGUUUACCUUCACUGGCUGUACCAGCCCUCCAUCCUGGGCAGACAGAGACAGCAUUACCAACUCCUUGGGGACAGGCCUACAGAGCAGCCAAGUAGCCUCUUCAGCCCCCACUGUCCUGGGCACUGCCCCUGCCUCAGGCACUUUAAAUGAAUCAUCUCUAAAAUUGCUAAAGGGCUGUCAAGGUAGAUUUUAUAGCGAGGGGACCUGAAGCCCGGAAGAGCUGUGUGGGGCUGCUCAGCAGCACCAGCAGGUAUGUGGUGAUAAGAGGCCAUGUGCGCUAGGCUCUUCCUGUCUACACCCAGGCACCUGCUCAUCUGCUGAGCACCUGCUGUACGCCGGGCUCUAGAGUGUUGUUAGCUGGGUGUUGUUAGUGGUGAGGAGAUCAAAGAAGACAUACAGGUAAAUAUAAUGCCACGAGGUGCUCCGUGGUAGGCAAAGUUAGGGUUAGAGGUCAAAGAAUGCCAGGAGUGCUUAGGUUGACCAGGGAAGCUCUCUGACAGGGUGGCAUUUCAGCGGAGACCUGAACGAAGUACAGGAACGGGCCUUGCACCUACGGGGGUGCUCUGGACAGAAGGAACAGCAAGCACACUUCCCAAGACAGAAGUGUGUGCACCCUGGCCCAGGAACAGCAUGGAGGCCAGCACAGCCAGGGCAGAGGGCGCGAGAGGAGUAUGGUGGGAAAUGAGGCCAGAGAGGUAGCAGGUCGCUCCCAUGGGGCCUUUCAGGCUGAGAUAAGGAAUGUGGAUUUUAAUCUGAGCGAGACAGGAAGACACUGGUGGGUUUUAAGCCAAUAAAUGACAUAAUCAAGCUUA